AUGUUACAAUCAUCAGCAAACACCACCACCGAUGAUCAACACAAUGAUCAACAACAAGAUAAAGAUUCAGAAGAACCAUUUUUUAUUGAUGAUCAAUAUUCCCAAGCAUUGAAAAAUGGUCAAGAAGAGGAAGAAGACAAACCCGAACAUUUAAUAGUAUUUAAUUAUGAUAAACUUCUUUCCGAUACUAGUAAAAUGUAUCAAUUGAAGAAUUAUUAUGUGGGCGCCUCGAAUGGAUUUAUUAGAUUGUAUACUGCUGAGGGACAUCGUUAUUGGUUGGCUCAAGCAAUGUGUCAGCAUAGAGCUCCAGAUAUGAAAGUACAUUUCUCAGUGCAUUUGGAUGAUUUACCAAAGGCAUUUGAGUUGCUAGCUCAACAUUUUUAUUUGAGUAGAUGUAAAUUUGGAAUGAAAGCAUACAUGUUGAAAGAUUGGGCUCAUAGAAGAGCUCAACAACAGGAUGAUGUACUUUCUGUUGAGGAAGAGGAUAUAUUGACCGAUUUGAGUGUGGAAAAGAAUAGUGUAGAAUCAUCAAUUUUGCUGAAUGUUAAUCAGAAUUCUGAUUCAACAUCUGAUAUUUCCAAUAUUUCAAUUGAUAGUGGAUGGCCAGAACAUAUGCAAGGAAGAGAAAUUACUGUUUACAUUUACAGAUAUUAUGAUUUGGAAAAGUACAAGACUAUUCGUGAAUAUGGAGAAGGAGGUCUCUAUAAGGAAUUUUCCAUUGAUGAUACUUUAUGUAGAUAUCGUAGACGUGAUUUGAGCGAAUAUCGUCAUGGAAAUCCAUUCGAAAUGUUCGAUUUACAAAAGAAACAUGAGGAACAGUUGGUAUUUUACAGAAAAUGGAUUCAAGCUGCUGAGGAAAUUUUAGAAUAUCACAAUAUCAGAAAUAAUGGAUGUGCAUUUGGUGAUUUGAAUUUGGGUGGUAAAUAUGCCUCAUUUAGAAAUGAAACAUUUGUGCCUCUUCGUUCCAGAGAGAAGGAAGUAUUGGAAAAUCAAAAAGACAAGCAAUCAUUCUCUGUGGAUGACUUGUUUGUUUAUCCUUUGAAUGAAAAUGGAUGGAAUGCAAGUGGACAUCCUGAUGCCAAUCUAAUUUAUGAAGCUCUCAGAUUUAAUCAAGUCAAACUCUACGACUAUGUCAAAUGGUUUAACUUGGAUUUGUAA